AUGAAGACGCUCCUGGGCCAGCUGCUCGUCUACUUGCUGUCCAGUGGUGAAAUCGUUGCCGUUGUGGGCGACCUCAUCAACUUCACGUUCCUGCUCUUUGUUGGGUUCAAUUCGUCAAUGGAAGCUCUUUAA